AUGCACCAGGACAAACCAUCACAUGUGGAGCUCCUCCGUCAGGACCGAGCCCGAGUAGACUACAUCCACCGCCGGGCAUCCAAUGCCACCGCCCACCUAAAUCCUAUUGGUGACUCUCUUUCUGUAAGAGUUCCAGCAAUCAUCGAUUAUUCUAUUAGUCGCUAUAGCUUUAUCGUCAACAUAGGCCUAGGCAAUCCUACCAAGUUCUUCUCAUUUACGCUUGACACCGCUAGCGAUCUCACUUGGACCCAAUGUGUCCCCUGCGUUAAUUGUUAUGACCAAAAAAACCCAUUUUAUGACCCAACCCAGUCCUUCAACUUCACCAACAUCCCAUGUAACUCUAAUUAUUGUACGGAACUCACUCGAUUUGGUUGCUCCUCUACCUUCACCUGCCUCUACGAAGAAGAAUAUAUCGACUAUUCUAAAACUAACGGCUCCCUCCUUAAAGACACCUUGCACUUAUCCAAUGAUAUUAUUUAUGACUUCAUCUUUGGCUGUGGACAUAAUAACACUGGAAAUUUUGAACAUGAAGAUGGGGUAUUAGGUCUUGGCCGGGGGCCUAUUUCAAUUAUUAACCAAACACCUCAAUUGUAUAAUAAAAUAUUCUCAUAUUGUCUACCAUCAAGGCCAGAUAGAAUUGGAUAUCUCGAACUAGGUAGCUCAGUCCUUGGUGUGAAGUAUACACCAAUGCUAACAUACCCAGAAAUGCCAUCCUACUACUUCCUCAAUCUCACUGCCAUUUCAAUUGCGGGUGAAAAGCUCGCCCUUCCACCUACUAUAUUUAGUGGACCUGGAACUAUGUUGGACUCUGGCACAAUAAUUAGCCACCUGCCACCCACUGCUUACUCUGCCCUCCGCAACAUUUUUCGUAAAGAAAUGAGCAAUUACCCAAUGGCGCCACCACUGUUCAAUCUUGACACAUGUUAUAACUUCACUAACUACCCACAGGUGGUGGUGCCAGAGGUUUCGUUGAUCUAUGAUGGUGAAGUGAUAAUAAACUUAAAUUUCAUCGGGAUAUUUAUCAUGUUCAGUGAAUCCCAAGCAUGCUUAGCCUUCGCUGAAAAUGAUGAUGAUACUGACUUUGUGAUCAUUGGUAAUAUGCAGCACCUCACGUUCAAUAUAGUCUAUGAUGUUGGGAACUUACAAAUUGGCUUUGGGGCUAAUGGUUGUAGCUAG